AUGUCUGUUGUGAAUGGCAGCAGUGGUGGCAAGGCCACCCAACAACUCGCCCGUGGGCUCGCUCAGGGCUUGGACUACAUGGAGCUAAGUGCCUACCCGGCACCCAUGAGAGUGUCAUCGCAAGCUGUUGGACAUGUCGGUGCCCAGUUUUGGCCAGAGCGCCUUUGGGCCGGCCGUUACCAGCCUCAGCCAGUCGACUGA